AUGGUAUGCUCUAGGAAUUCAGGCAACAGAACAUUGUCAUUGUUUAACCGUUAGACCAUAUACUUUUUAGGAAAGUUCCCGUUGGCGCACCCUUGCUUCGUUUGCAUGGAGGCUGCAGCGAUGGCACCGUCCCGAGACAUUACGCAGCAGAGGCUUGUUUGUCCGCGGGCGCGCAAAUGCCGGCCGGAGCCUUCGCAAGCUGAGCAAUGUCAGCGGUCUAAACUGACGUCCAGCUUGCAAGCUAUGGCCACAAGUGGAGAGCAGCUUGGCGAACUAGAGCGCAUCCUGCAGCGCCAACCGCCUGAUGCCGCCAAUACAUUCCUCGGAGUUUCGCCGCCUGUGCGCAGCGGAUGCUACGGCGGUGCAGCUAACCCAAUUUUGCACGACUCCUCCUGGAGCGCCUGCGCGCUCAACGCAUCGCACUCCAACCUCCAAGCGUUGCGCGAACUGGACUCGCAACACUCCUUCCUGCGCUGCACCGGUGAUUACCGGCUUCUGCUGGGUUCGCCGGACGUGCGCAGCCUUGUGGAGGAGGUCACAGAACGGAGCGCUUUGCAGCAGCCGCAACCCCAGCAGGAGCCGCGGCACCACCUCCUUCCAUUCACCUGCCGUGCACAGUACUUUGCUGUGCGUUAGGACGGCGUGGCAAGGCUGUGCUGGAAGCAAUAAAUAGCAGUGUUAUGUAGUGUAUCUUUCUUGCGUGGGGCGCCAGCAGCGCUGGUCAGUUUCGUGCCUGUGGGGUUCAGCCACAGACCAUCUUGCGGGAAACUGCCGACCGCUGACGUCCUUACCUGCUGCCAAGCCCCCUGCGCAACAGUUGUGGCGGUUCCGAGAGUUCAGACCUAGUGGUGUUCGCCGGCACUGCCACAUGUGUUUUCCAGGGGCGCGCUCUUAUAGUGAACAUAGGCGCGAGUAGCGCACCAAAAACAACAGAAACCCGUAGCGGUGGCUUUUUGGAGCGUCUGGAACUUCCUAGGCAUGCUCGGGUGUUUUCGCGUGAUGACAAACCCACAUCACCAUUCGUGUAUUUUAUAACGACUCCUGAGUCUGCUUGCAAAACAGCGACUGUUGUGAUGUACCAACAGUGGAGCAUGCAGGAGACUUGCCUCUCCCGUUGCAGUGAAGCCCUCGGACUGCUUGUCCUGAACUUGUCAUGCGUGUGUGUGCGUGUCUACGUGCUAUGCGAGUUUUCACGGUUUCAUGUCUGUUGAGAAGCACAAUGCGCAUUCUUGGCGUGUGUGGACGUGGGUGCUUCUCGUCCUCCUUACAAAACGUUGGAAGUGCGUUGUCCUAUCACCGUGGCAAUGGCAAUUGUGGCAAUGGCACUUUGCGUCUCAUGCCGUCGCCUAAACAGGUCGUUUUGCCGUUUCCAGUGUCACGACCGGCUUCUGCUGCUGUCCUUGUCUCUCUUGUGACACGGUUUACUGGUUUGGGGGCAGUGCUGUUGCUGACGGUGCGGGUAGCGUCUGGGAGUCGCCUUGGUAUUAAUCCUGCGCUUCUGAUGGGGCUUCGGCCUUGCGGCAAGAUUGGCAGUUACGCUGUUUCGUUACCAGAUGUGUUGUCAUUUGCCCCGUGUGCGCUUGGUGCUUCACUGUUCUCGGUUGUCUGAACGGGGAUGGCCCCUGUGUGGUGGCGUUCGUGUAUGAUGGCCGGGUGGCGGGAGACUUACGUUGAGGCGCGCUUUUGUAUCGCAGCU